CCACCCAUCACUGUCCAAACCACCGUCUAAUAUCUUGCCCCAAUACCAGGUCACACACACGUACUCAGAUUCACAGAUCCGAUCUUUCCAUCCUCUCUGUCUCUUCCCCUCUACCCAUAUAUAUUCAGUACCUGUAAUUAGUAUAUCACUCCCCCUCCCUCUCUCUCUCUUCUCAAAUGGGUUUCCCAGCCAACGGCUCAUCAACCGACAAGCCUCUCAAGUUCUUGAUCUACGGCCGGACCGGCUGGAUAGGUGGUUUACUGGGAAAGCUCUGCGAAGCUCAAGGCAUCGACUUUGUUUACGGCUCCGGUCGUCUGGAGAACCGGAGCUCCUUAGAAGCUGAUCUUGCCACGGUGAAACCGACCCACGUAUUCAAUGCUGCCGGCGUGACCGGCCGGCCGAACGUGGACUGGUGUGAAUCACAUAAGGUUGAGACUAUCCGGACCAAUGUGGUGGGGACGCUGACGCUGGCUGACGUUUGCAGAGAGAAGGGUUUGGUUAUGAUCAACUAUGCCACCGGGUGUAUUUUUGAGUACGAUUCUGAGCAUUCGAUCGGGACUGGUGUUGGGUUCAAGGAAGAGGAUAAACCCAAUUUCAUCGGAUCUUUCUAUUCCAAGACCAAGGCCAUGGUGGAAGAUUUGCUCAAGAACUAUGAAAAUGUCUGCACAUUGCGUGUCAGAAUGCCUAUCUCAUCAGAUUUAUCCAACCCCCGCAACUUCAUCACGAAGAUCACACGAUAUGAAAAGGUGGUUGACAUACCAAACUCCAUGACAAUCUUGGAUGAACUCCUCCCCAUUUCCAUUGAGAUGGGAAAAAGAAACCUCACAGGGAUUUGGAACUUUACAAAUCCUGGGGUGGUCAGCCAUAAUGAGAUUCUGGAAAUGUACCGGGAUUAUAUUGAUCCAAACUUCACAUGGAAGAACUUUACUCUUGAGGAGCAGGCAAAGGUGAUCAUUGCACCAAGGAGCAACAAUGAACUUGAUGCUACCAAACUGAAAGAAGAAUUCCCUGAGCUCUUAUCUAUUAAGGAGUCCCUCAUACUGUAUGUGUUCAAGCCAAAUCGAAAGACCCCUUUAGCUUGAAAUAGAUGCUUGGAUUUUUGUUUUGUCAGUUGUUAUCUUGUUACUUUAGUUUCACAUGGGUUGAUGCGAUCUUUCUUCCAGUCGGGUUCCCCAUCCCACAUGAGAUGCAUGAUUGUCUUCUUGUGUAUUUGAGUGUUGUAUCCGCAUUGAUUUGAUAAUGAAUAAAUAAGGUGGAAGUGAUUUAUCAA